AUGACCGACUCUGCACGAAAGAAAUCUAAAGGCGGCGGUGGUAAAGCUGCCGGGUCGAUUAUCACCGACCCUCGGUUUGCCAAUAUCCAGAGUGAUCCCCGCUAUCGCUUGCCCAGCAAAAAGCACACCCAUGUCAAGAUCGAUAAGCGCUUUGCGCACAUGCUGCGCGAUAAAGAGUUCUCCAGAAACGCCGCCGUAGAUCGAUAUGGCCGCAAAUUAGCCCGGGACGACACCAAAAAACAACUCGAGAGAUUCUAUCGUUUGGACGAGGAGGAGGUGGAGGAUGAAGAAGACAAGGCCUCCCAAGUCAGCGUUGAUGAUGACGAGGAGGUGCUUAGAGAAUUGAAGAACGUUGAGAAGAGAGACUAUGACCCAGCACGAGAUGGCGGGUUCUCAGAAUCCUCCUCCUCUGAGGAGAGUUCUAGUGACGAAGAAGAUGAUGAGGAAGAUGCUGAUGCUGAGGAGGUCGAGUUCCCCGUGAAGGAGCAGAUGGACGUCCCGACAGGGGAAGUAACGAAUCGGAUAGCUGUCGUUAACCUCGAUUGGGACAAUAUCCGCGCGGAGGAUCUGAUGGCUGUCUUCUCCAGCUUUACUCCGCCUGGUGGCCGUAUUCUCAAGGUUUCGAUAUACCCCAGUGAAUUUGGGAAGGAGAGAAUGGAGCGAGAGGAAAUAGAAGGCCCGCCCAAGGAGAUAUUCGCAUCCCGAAAGAAGGAGGAAGAAUCCGACGAUGACGAUGGCGAAGGAGAGAAUGGAGAACCAGAAGAUUCCGAGGAGGAAGAGGAAGACAUCAAGAAAUCUAUCUUGAAAGAGGAUAAGGGCGAGGAGUUCAACAUGACGCAGCUGCGGCGUUACCAGCUGGAGAGGUUGCGAUAUUUCUACGCCAUCAUCGAGUUUUCAUCAAAGGAUGUUGCCAAGCACGUCUAUGAUAACGUCGACGGUACGGAGUACCUGUCGAGCGCAAAUUUCUUUGAUCUCCGGUUUGUCCCUGAUGAUGUCGACUUUUCGGAUGACAAGCCCAGAGAAACAUGUGACCGGAUACCGGACGGGUACAAGCCCAAUGAGUUCAUUACCGAUGCUUUGCAGCACAGCAAAGUGAAGCUCACGUGGGAUAUGGAUGACCACGCCCGCAAAGAGGCACAGGCCAAGGCAUUCCGGGGCGGGAAAAAAGAGAUCGAUGAAAACGACUUGAAGGCAUAUCUCGGCAGCGACAGCUCCGAAGAUGAAGAUGAAGAUGAGGAGGUCGAGGUUGUCGAUGGAACUACUGCGGAUGGAUCGAGCUCUAAAAUAUCCAAGAAAGAAGCGGAACGACAGCGAGUGCGGGCAUUGCUUGGUUUGGACAAUGAAUCAGCUCUCAAACCGAAGCCUAAGGGCCCUGUCGGAGACAUGGAGAUUACGUUCACGUCCGGCUUAGCGGGCGAGCCGACUCGGGAUUCUGUCUUCGAGAACGAGCCCGAGCGCGAAGAGACGACGAAGGAGAAAUACAUCCGCAAAGAGAGGGAGCGAAGGAAGCGGAGAAAGGAAAGAAUCAAGGCUCUCAAGCGCGGCGAGGCCGUCCCUACGACCGACAAGGAUAAGGACAAGAAAGAGGAGGGUAAAGAUGGCGGUGAGAAAGAAGAUCUCGGGUUCGAUGAUCCCUUCUUCAACGAGCCUACAGAGAAGGUUUCUGCGUCUGCCAAACGGAAAGAGGAGAAACGCAAGAAGCGCGAGCAGAAGGAAGCGGAGGAGGCUGCUGCGGCAGCUCAAAAGGCUGAGCUUGAGCUGCUCAUGGUUGAUGACCAGCACACGGGAAUUAAGCAUUUCGACAUGAACGAGAUCGAGAAGGCCGAGAAAAAGGCCCGCAAGAAAAAGAAGGGCAAGGGCAAAGAAGGGCAGGAUGAGAAGGCGCCCGGGGACGACUUCGAGAUCGACGUCAACGACCCACGCUUUGCCAGUCUAUACGAGAACCACGAAUUCGCAAUUGAUCCCACGAAUCCAAGAUUCAAAGAUACGGCGGGAAUGCGGGCACUUCUUGAAGAAGGCAGGAAACGGAGAAGACUCCGGGAGGAGGCUGAUGGUGAUGAACCUGAUGACCGCACUAAGAAACAUAAGAAAGCAUCGUCGCAGCGUGAAAAUGCUGGUGAUGAUGAUUUGGACUUGAAGAAACUUGUGGCGCGGGUGAAGAACAAGACGAAAAAGGCAUGA